AUGGAUCGAGUUACUUUCAAAGUUAAUGGUGUAGAGUAUUCCGUUGGAUGUGAAGUAUCUUCAAAUGUAAUGCUAUUAGAUUAUAUUCGAGGAUGGCUGGAGUUGAAAGGGACUAAAUACAUGUGUCGUCAAGCCGGUUGUGGUGCGUGCGUGGUGUCCGUGCGAAAACAGGGAGCUUUACCUUAUUCUAUCAACUCGUGCAUGAUACCUAUCACCGCUUGUCAUGGCCUAGACAUCACUACUAUAGAAGAAGUAGGCAAUAGACGUAAAGGCUACCAUCCUCUGCAGACAACACUAGCUAAGUACAACGGCUCCCAAUGUGGGUACUGCUCACCGGGAUGGAUCAUGGCUAUGUACAGCCUCCUCCAGAAUCAAAAAGAUAUGACUAUGUUGGAUUUAGAGCAAUCGUUAGCAUCCAACAUAUGCAGGUGUACAGGCUACAGAUCAAUUUUGGAUGCCUUCAAAACAUUUGCCACAGAUGCUCCUAAAACGAUAGAAAUCCCUGAUAUUGAAGACUUGAGCAUUUGCAAAACAAAAUCUUGCAACAAACCUUGUGAUGAAAAUGAUUGGUGCGUUGUAACUAUGAAUGAUUUGAGCAUUGACGAUGGUAUAGUGAAAAUUAAUCUUAAAGAUGGAAAGUUUUGGUACAGAGUCACUAGAAUAGUUGAUGUAUUUAAAAUUAUAGCUGAAACGAAUGCUUCAUAUAAACUUAUUUGUGGAAAUACAGCUAAAGGCGUUUACCCGAACGAUGAUAUUCUGGAAAAUCCUGAAAUACUAAUAGAUAUUAAAGAAGUCCUAGAAUUGAAAGGUUAUAUUUUAGAUCAGAACCUUAUCGUUGGAGCCGAAAAUACUCUUAGUGAGUUAUUAGACAUAUUUGAGGCAGUUGCUAAGGAAGAAUAUUUUAGCUAUCUCAAUGUUUUACACGAUCACAUUAAAUUAGUAGCUCAUGUAGCAGUCAGGAAUGUAGGUUCCAUUGCAGGCAAUUUGAUGACAAAACAUAGGCACAAUGAGUUUCAGUCUGAUAUAUUUCUCUUGUUUGAGACAGUUGGUGCACAGUUAACCAUCAUGUUUUCAAAUAAUAACGCACAAAUUGUAACAAUGACGCAGUUCCUAAAAAUGGACAUGAAGAAGAAACUUAUUAAAAAUGUGAUGCUACCACCGCUGAACAAAACGUAUAGACUCACGACUUUCAAGGUGAUGCCACGGUCUCAAAAUGCACACGCAAUAGUGAAUUCAGGAUUUUUAUAUAAAUUGACUCCAGAAAAUAUAGCAGUUCAAGCAAGAAUAGUGUUCGGUGGAUUAUCACCAUCGUUUGUCAGAGCUUCAUCAACCGAAAGGUUUCUUAUAGGGAAACCGUUGUUUAAAAACGAAACUUUACAAGCUGCAAUAAAUUUUUUAAAAGAUGAACUAGUUGUAACUGAAAAUCCACCUGAAGAAUCUGUUGCUUAUAGAAAAAAGUUGGCUUUAGGGCUGUUUUAUAAGGGGUUAUUAACUCUGUGUCCAGAGUCCAUCAUUCAUCCAAGGUACAAAUCAGGAAGAAUUAAAAUUCAUGAAUCUCGACCAGUUUCUAAGGGCCAGCAAAUGUAUGAGACUGAUCCCAGCACAUGGCCACUAAACCAGCCCAUACCGAAGAUGGAAGGACUGAUUCAAUGUGCAGGUGAAGCAAUGUACACAGAUGAUAUUCCGCCAUUCCCUAAUGAGGUUUACGCUGCAUUUGUCCUGUCUACUAUCGGAAAGGGUCAAAUAUCAUCUAUAGAUGCUACAGAAGCUCUGAAUCACCCAGGAGUUAUAGCUUUCUUUUCGGCAAAAGAUAUUCCUGGCUUAAAUUCCUUUACUCCAGCAGAAGAUGAAAAUUACCAAAUGAAUGAAGAAGUAUUUUGUAGCGGUGACGUCAAAUAUUACAAUCAACCUGUAGCAUUAAUAGUUGCCGAUAGUCAAGAGACAGCUAACCUAGCUGCCAACUUUGUCAAAAUUGAAUAUAUUAAUGUCGGAAAACCAGUUGUUGAUGUGAAAUUGGCUAAAAAGGAUCCUAAACGGAAUAAAUUAAACAAAGAAAUUAGAGCUACCCAUAGAGGUCAGGAUAUAGCCAAAGUAGUCAAAGGAGAUAAUACUAUUUACGGACAAUACCACUUUCCAUUGGAGACGUUGGUUAGUGUGAGUAAACCCAGUGAAGAAGGAUUAGCUAUCUACGCAACUACUCAGUGGACUUCAGCCAUACAGUUGAUGGUUUCAAGAGCAUUAAAACUUGAUCAGAGCAGGAUCGACGUCCAUGUUCGUCGUAUUGGUGGCGCGUUUGGCAUCAAGAUAUCACGGAUCAUACAAACAGCAGUAGCAACUAGUUUGGUAGCAAUGAAGUUGAAUAUUCCAUGCAGGAUUAUACAUCCUUUAGAGACCAACACAAGAGCCCUAGGAAAACGGUUUCCUUGUUCCAGCAACUUCGAAGCAGGUGUCAAUAAAUAUGGCAUUAUUCAAUAUGUCAAUCACGAUGUUUAUGAAGACAAUGGCUACGAGCGCAAUGAAAUCAUAUCGGAUUUUGGGGUCAUUGAAUAUAACAAUUGCUACAAUGACACUAUAUGGAAUCACAAAUGUAUCGAUACUAUCACAGAUACUGCUAAAAACACAUGGGCAAGAUCACCAGGAACUAUGGAACAAAUAGCUGUGGUUGAACUAAUAAUGGAACAGAUUUCUUAUGAACUAUCAAUAGAUCCAGUCCAGAUACGCUUAAAAAAUUUAGACCCAAAACACAGUGACCUUAUAGAAAUGUACCAAACACUGAAAACAAAUUCAGAUUAUGAAACAAGAAGGUUAACGGUCAAUAGAUUUAAUAUGGAAAAUAGGUGGAAGAAACGAGGUCUAAGGUUUGUUUUUCUUAGAUGGGAACAUAUUUAUGCAAGGUACUUCGACGUCAACCUCGCAGUGUUUCAAGGCGAUGGAACAAUUGUUAUAAGUCAUGGGGGUGCAGAAAUAGGCCAAGGAAUUAAUACUAAAGCGGCACAAAUUGCAGCCUACAUGCUAGGUGUUCCAAUAGAAAAAAUAAUUAUCAAAGAAAACAAUACUAUUGUAUCACCUAAUUCAAAUGUAUCUGGAGGUAGUCUCACGACUCAAAAUAUUAUCAUGGGAGUAGAAAAAUGUUGUGUACAGUUGCUAGCGAGACUCGAGCCAAUCAGAAAACAAAUGCAGAACCCAUCUUGGGAAGAAUUGAUAAAGAAAAGUUUUGAGAAGUAUGUCGAUCUGCAAGCUCACGGUUUCACAGGAGAAAAUGAUAUUCAGAAUUAUACGGUUUAUGGAGUGACACUGGCUGAAGUAGAGAUUGAUGUGUUGACGGGAGAAUCUGAGAUAAUAAGAGUCGAUAUACUACAGGAUGUAGGCAGAAGUAUUAAUCCUGCGAUUGAUAUUGGCCAGGUUGAAGGUGCCUUCGUCAUGGGACUUGGAUACUGGACCAGCGAGAAACUGGUUUACGAUUCCAAUACAGGAGAACUUUUGACAGAUCGUACUUGGAACUACUUUGUACCACAAGCGAGAGACAUACCGCAAGACUUUAGAAUAUAUUUAAGAAAGAAAUCUUAUUCUACGAAACCAAUUUUUGGCUCCAAAGCAUGCAGUGAGCCGCCAAUAUGUAUGACGGUAUCAAUUCCUAUCGCCAUGAGAGAAGCCAUAGUAUCGGCCAGGCUAGAGAGCGGGUUACCUAGUACCCAAUGGUUUAGUAUCGAUGGUCCCUACACAACAGAGCAAAUAUGUUUGGCGUGUGAGACGAAGACAGAAGAUUUUAAAUUUAAUUAA